AUGUCGGAAAUUUUCACAGGAUUCGUCUCAGGUUUCGAGGAAUUCAGGGCGGAUCCUGUCAAAAUGUGCCUGAGACAAGACGGUACUUUGUUUUGUUGCUUCUCGUUCUCUCUGCACUCUCGCUCCUCGUCGCUUGUGGGCCGAUUCGAUUCGGUUGGAUUCGAUCGGAUCCCAAUUCCCAACCCAAAUCAGUGUUUGAAUGUCAGGGAUCGUGAAAUCACCCACGGCUUUCGCACAGUAACGCCGUAUAUUAGACAAAGUUCACCAACCAAGCAGUUGCAGUUCCUCCGAGCAUACCUGGUCAAACAAGACCAGCGAACACAAACUCUGGGGUUUCCGAUGGCAGCAAACAUGAGAAAUCGGAGAGCAAGAACUACGGUGGACGGACUCGCUGCGGUUGACAACCUCGACCUCCAAAUAGAAGACAUAGCUGCUAGAUUUAAGGAAUUCUCAGAAUCAGUCAAGGCGGCGCUCUCAAUUGAACAAGUAGGUGAAUUCUUGGAAGCUAAUGGCCAAGAUUUGUCUGGCUCUGAUGAUGCUCUUCUCCGAAGAUGGUCACUCCUCGCCUGGAUGAGCUUCAAUUAUUUAGCAAAGAGGCAGAAAGAUGCAGCUCAAAAGCCAAAGAAAGCACAUGGGAAGGAUUCUGAUGUUCUGAACCCAGGUGAACAAACAGUGGAAAAGAGCAAACCGAAGGGUCACAAACCAGAUAUACAAAAUGAGCAACGGAUGGAAGAGCGUGUUCCAGAGGAAGGCAAAUGA